UUAGGACUCUUAUGUCGCCGUUCUUCCUCGGAAUCUCCUUCUUCCUCUGAAUCUCUGAUUUGUCAGCCUAUAAAAACAUUCCCCAAUAUCUCCAUUUCCAUCAUCAACCACCCUUUUCUUCAUCUCUCUUCCCUCUCCAUGGCUUCCAUUAACUGCGUUUCUUCUGACCUUUUCCCUCUACUGGGUAACUCCAGCAAUGCCGCGGCUGCAGCCGAUUACAUCUGCAACCAGUUUUCCGUCGUCGGAAAUAAGUUUUCCGAUGCCGGCCAUGCCAUUGACAACACAUACCUCCUCUUCUCUGCGUAUCUUGUCUUCGCCAUGCAGCUAGGCUUUGCCAUGCUCUGUGCCGGCUCCGUUCGCGCCAAGAACACCAUGAACAUCAUGCUCACUAAUGUUCUCGACGCCGCAACCGGCAGCAUCUGUUACUACCUCUUCGGAUACGCUUUUGCUUUCGGCAGUCCAUCAAAUGGUUUUGUGGGAAAACAAUUCUUUGCUCUUGACAAAAUCCCUUCAGAAUCAGCUGCUGCAGACUACAGCAACUUUCUCUACCAAUGGGCUUUUGCCAUAGCAGCUGCAGGAAUUACCAGUGGUUCUAUAGCAGAAAGAACCCAGUUCGUCUCUUACCUCAUCUACUCCGCCUUCUUGACUGGUCUAGUUUACCCUAUAGUCUCUCACUGGUUCUGGGCAACAGACGGGUGGGGGAGUGCGUUUAAAACAGAAAACCUCUUGUUUGGAUCUGGAGUAAUCGACUUUGCAGGGUCCGGUGUUGUCCACUUGGUUGGCGGCAUUGCUGGCUUAUGGGGUGCCCUAAUCGAAGGUCCUCGUAUUGGUAGAUUCGAUCAUUCUGGCAAACCAGUAACCCUGCGCGGACACAGUGCGACCCUUGUCGUCUUGGGCUCAUUCUUGCUCUGGUUUGGCUGGUAUGGGUUUAACCCAGGUUCAUUUAUCAGUAUCUUUAAAUCUUACGAUCCCAAUGGUGGACAAUUCUACGGCCAAUGGAGCGCAGUCGGGAGAACUGCCGUGACUACAACUCUUGCAGGCAGCGCUGCUGCAUUAACCACUUUGUUUGGGAAGCGCUUGCUUGUUGGUCACUGGAAUGUAACCGAUGUCUGCAAUGGUUUACUUGGUGGGUUCGCUGCAAUCACCUCAGGCUGCUCGGUGGUCGACCCAUGGGCUUCAGUUCUUUGUGGGUUUGUUGCCGCUUGGGUGCUUAUUGGGUGCAACAAGCUAGCCGAGUGGUUCAAGUACGAUGACCCAUUAGAGGCUGCGCAGCUUCAUGCUGGGUGUGGUGCGUGGGGUCUGAUCUUUACAGGGUUGUUCGCUUCGAAACAAUUAGUGGGUGAGGUCUAUGGUUCUGGACGGCCAUAUGGGUUGUUCAUGGGUGGUGGAGGAAAGUUGUUUGGAGCACAGAUUGUUCAGAUUUUGACGAUUACAGGAUGGGUAAGUAUCACAAUGGGAAGUCUGUUCUAUAUGCUGCAUAAGUUGAGGCUUCUGAGGAUUUCGCCGGAGGAAGAGAUGGCAGGAAUGGAUUUGACAAGCCAUGGUGGAUUGGCGUAUACAUACAAUGAUGAAUAUGAUGAUACAGUGAAGAAGAAUGAAUUUCCAAUGACAAAGAUGGACUCGCCGGCCGUUUGAUUUGGUGUUGAAGGAGGUGGGCUGUUUUUGUUUCUAAUGCUUUUCUUGGUUAACUUUCUAAUGCUUUUUCUUUUUUAAAAAAAGAUCACGUAUAUAGUGGAUAGUUGGGUUGGUUUCCAUGG